AUGUUUAAUUUAAAACAAUCUUUCAACCACACGACUUACACACGACCAUGAAAAAAUUACGCGUCGUGUACUCGUUUCUGACCAAUUCUCGUUAUCAAAAUUCGAUAAAAUGAAAGUGACAAGUGUAAGUGAACGAAUAUGUAUUUAAAUUUUUAAAAAACCUCUGUCGGACUAUAGGGCCAAUAUUUUUUUGAACGAUGGACAACAAAUCCAACGUCAGAAGAAGCCUGGUGCCCACGAAUGAUUCUCCGGAUUCAAUAUGGUACUCGAAACGAUUUCUCGUGGCUGUUGUGAUGUUUCUGUGUUAUGUAAAUUCAGCGAUGCAGAUUCAAAAUGUGAACAUUGCAGUGGUCGAAAUGACCUCAAACAAAACCAUCGCCGUUUCAGGAAAUGAAACUGUAGUUCGAGUGGCUGAAUUCCAAUGGGACACAGUAACCAUCGGUACGGUUUCCAGUAUCCUUUGGUAUGGAGGUUUAUUCGCCUUUACCGCCGGAUUUUUCGUUGAUAAAUUUGGUGGUUCGGGUACCUGUGUGAUUAGCAUGAUGAUAUGCGGUGUUUUGACCAUUCUUCUUCCAGUUAUAUUGAAAAACGAUUACUUUGGGUUCUUGAUGUGUCGUUUCAUAACCGGAUUCUUUUUGAAUUUAUUUUAUGCGAGCACCUCCGAAGUAUACUCGAGAUGGUAUCCAAAAAAAGAACGAUCUACUUUAAUAGCAAUUGGUUGCAAUGGAGCAAACUUUGGUACAGCGAUCGCAUUUCCUUUAUUCGGAUUCAUCGCAGCUGAAUGGGGAUGGCAAAUGGUAUUCUAUGUCUCAGGUGUCAUAUCCAUAAUUAUAUCUCUACUCUGUCUGAUAAUUGUGAGGAACCGACCCUCUCAGGACGGAUUGAUUACUGAAGCAGAACUGUCCUACAUUCUGGAGGAGACUGACGAUGCUUCUCGAAACAAAAUGCAUCAUCCUUACAAACAAAUUCUCUCGUCAGGACCAGUUUAUGCUGUUUGCUUUGGAAAAUUUACUUUAUUAUGGAUAACUACAAUUCUUACGGCUUGCUUGCCCUUAUACGUCAAAGAUCUUACUGGCAGAGAGACUGGCGAAAUAGGUUUGAUUUCAUCGAUCCCUACAAUUGCUCAAAUAUUCAUGAUUCCUUUCGUUGGUUUACUUUUAGACAGAUGGAAAAAUACUACAUCUAUCAAAUUAACUUUGAUGCACAAAAUAACUGUUGGCCUCGCUUAUCUUGCGUCAAGUUUACUUUUCGGGAUUGUUGUUCUCGCGAGCGAUUUCACGACAUCUAUGAUUAUUUUCGUAUUCAUGCAAAUAAUUACAUCGAUUGUUUCAGUAGUCAUUGAACCAAUUAUUGUUGGCCUUUCUCCCAACGAUUCCAGCGUGGUUUCCGGAUUGAGUAAAUUUUUAGGCUGCACUGCUGUCAUUAUUUCAAGAACUUGCGUUGGGUUCCUGACAAUUAAUCAUAGUCCGCUCGAAUGGAAUAAUUGUUUCCUAUUGACCAUCGGUGUUUUGAUUUUUGGUACUGUAAUAUUUAUUGUAUUCGGAUCCAGCGAAGCUCAACCUUGGUCUUCUGUUUCAUCAGAUCAAGAACGAGCACGAUUAGUAAAAAUCAAGUAUAGGAGGAGAAAAUCUUCCACCAAUAGCUUUUGAUAAAUGAAAUGGUUCUUCUGAGUUACCUCUAUGUACAUGUUGAUUGUGAUAUGAGCUUAUUUGAUUAAGUAAAAUUAAAUUGAUCCCCUCUAGAAA